UGCUCGGUGAUGGUAGUGGUGACGAUGAUGAUGAUGAUGUUGCUGUUCUGGAACCAUGCAGCGUACAAGUGCCACCCAAUUCCCUUCAGAUGCAUGCACAUUCGACCAUGAGCCUCGCACCCACUUCUGGGUUUAGUUGCGAUGCAGCUUGGAAACCUUGCAUCACGCGCUUGCAUGCGCACUGUGGCGAUGCAGAUAUGAGGUCGUAACCAUAUGAUGCAGAUAUGAAUUCAUGUUCAAAGAGGCAGGAUUCCGUGAAAGUAAGCUCGUACUUGGCUGCUUAGGCUCUGUCUACUUUGAGGUCGACAAAUCGGCCAACCGGUGCAGUUUUGGUGGCGAAGCAAACAUUAGCCAAGAAGAGGAUCCAUAUUCUGUUUAUAAUUGUUUCGAUCGGCAUGGCUCAGAAUGGGAAGUUGCCGUCGAUUGGUAAGUCAGGACUAAGACUCGUCAGAGAAUGUUCUGUGGGGUUGGCUGAUGUCCCGGGGUUCGUCCCUCAAUGGAUGGUGCCGUUCUGCGAAAGUCGAAGGAGCAGCAGCAGCAGCAGUAUCAGGGGGAACUUGAAAAAUGGAGAGGCUGACGUAGCUAUUAUAGGCGGUGGGAUCGUGGGGUUGGCUACAGCACGUGAGAUCGUAAAUCGGUUUUCGAGUGCCAAAGUUGUGGUGGUCGAGAAGGAGCAGGAUAUUGUGAAGCACCAAACCUCUCAUAAUAGUGGGGUGAUUCAUGCAGGCAUCUACUAUGAACCUGGAAGUGACAUGGCGAAGCUUUGCGUUGACGGGGCUCGCCGAAUGUACGACUAUUGCGAAAAGAAAAACUUGCCUCAUAAGCGCGUUGGCAAGCUUAUCGUUGCCACGCGUGAUUCCGAACUUCCCAUUCUAGACAACCUUUACAAGCGUGCAAAGGCAAAUGGUGUGCAAGGACUAGAGCUUCUCUCCCCGAAGCAGAUUUUGGACAUUGAACCCAACGUCCGUGCUCUUCGUGCAUUGCAUUCCCCCAAUACUGGAAUCGUAGAUUAUGCCAAGGUUGGACGUUCAUACGCCGAGGAUGUACUCGAAACCGGGCGCGGCCAAAUUCGGACCGGGUUUGAGGUGAUCGGGAUUGAUGCAGAUGCUUCCAGAGGGGUAACUUUACAAAGCAAGACCGGUGAUGAGGUCAAAGCCAAGUGGCUAAUUACAUGCGGGGGUCUUCAAGCCGACUAUGUGGGCAGUAUGGCAGGAGGUGCAAAAGGUCCAACGGUUCUCCCUUUUAGGGGUACCUAUCACGAGCUUAGGCCGGAAUAUCGCAAUCUCAUCACUCGCAACAUCUAUCCAGUUCCUGACCCCAAAUUUCCUAUGGUCGGCGUGCAUCUAACUCCACGUGUGGAUGGUCGAGUCCUUAUUGGCCCCAAUUCUGCUUUAGCCUUGUCAAAGGAGGGCUACAAGUUUUGGAAGGUUAACAUGAAGGACACUCUCCUAUUCGCCAUUAACAAAGGGUUGUGGAAGUUAGUACUUAGCAACCCUGGCAUUGUCUUUCAAGAAAUAUGGCGCGACCUUAACACUCGUGCCUUCGUGGGAGAAGCUAAACGGUAUUGUCCAAAGUUGGAGGUGGAGCACACAGUUCAUGGCUGGGCCGGAGUUCAUGCUGUAGCAAUCGACGACUCAGGGAAAAUCAUCGGUAACUUUCUGUUUGAAAAUGGGUCGUCAGGGGUUGUUCUCAACGUGCGAAAUGCACCUUCUCCUGCAUGUACAUCAUCGUUAGCAAUUGCAAAUACAGUGGUAGAUCGCGCUGUCAAAGAUUUCGAUUGGGUGAAUAAGAAGCCAUUUAAAACCGACAAAGUUCUCGCUUAAACUGCAACAUCUCAUCAACUCCAACACGGUGAAGAGGCAUAAGUAUCCACAUGUCAUUUGUGGUUAAACUCAGUUUAAGGUUACGUCAGAUCUUGUUAAGGUUUUAGUGAUAUUCAAAGUCAGUGUUCAUAGACUAAGAAAAUUCUUUUAUAACCUUUAUCUACCAUGCCUAUUUCAAUACUUGCACAAACCCAAGUACUACUUUCAUCCUAUUGAGUUUUUUCAAGAUGUUUCAAAGAUAAUAAGGUUAUCAGCAGUAACCAGUUCGAAGUU